GCCGCCGCUCUCUGCCUCCUCUCUUUUCUUCGCUGUCUCCCUCGCUUCGCGAGCUCACACCGGCGUCUCCGCUCCAUCCGAGAUGGCCGCGACACCGUUGGCAAGCACAGCUUCGUCGAGCCGCACCUUGGUCUCUGCCAUGUUCUACUCCGACCAGCACCGGUUCCCGCUUCCUCGCUCACGUCCUCCUCUUCCCGGCGUUCGCGGCCAUGCAGCACCCGCUCACCAUCCACUUCUCCGACGUCCGCGUGCAUCGCCGACCUCGUCCGUGCGUCCUCAACCUCCGUCGAUGCCACCUGAGCACGGGAUCGAGUCCGCGUCUUCCUCUUCUUCCUCAACGUUGUCCUCACGGAGAAGGAGCAUCAAGGCCUGCUCGUUUGCAUCGCCGACGCCGUCGUCUACCUCGGCCCCGUCUUCUUCCUCGACGCCGGUAGCCGCCCCGCUCCUUUCUCCUCGUCAACGGCAACCCCAGGCAUUUGCUUCUUCCCGGAUAGGAUCGCGAAGUGGUGUUGUGAGAUACGACAAGAUCUUCAGAUGUCCCUCGGCAAGCUUUAACAGGUAUGAAGAUAUGUUCGAUGAAGACGACGCUAGCAAGGUUACCCUUCCGGCUUGGCCUGGGCAGGGUUAUGGACGCCACUUGGUUAUCUUCAGGACUCUUAGUCCAAUUUGUAUCUUGUCCGUACUCGGAUGUAUUUGAUCUUCUGUAUGACUUGGAUCUUUGUAUGUAUCUAUUUGUAUCUUGACUCGUUGUAGUCGUUGUUGUAAUAUAUCUGUAUCUUGUGGGCUCUAUUGUAA